AUGCUAAUAGAAAUUGGUCUCGGUUUAUAUAUUCUCUUGAUACAACAAAUUCAAGCUGAUGACAUAUGUUAUUAUCGUAAUCAAUCAACACUUGUUUCCAUUAAUUGUAAUGGUGUUUGUUGUCCCGGUACGGCUACUUCUCCACAUAUGGCAUGUUGUACUAGUAUAUUAUCAUGGAGAUUAGCAAUACCUGUUGUUGUUAUUGUUUCUCUUUGUCUUAUAGCAAUUUGUUUAGUAUGUUUGCGACCAUUUCUUAAACUUUGUGGUGCUGGAUGUAAAUGUCCUUUUCGAAGACAAUCUCGAGUUAUUUCAUCAAGUCCUAUAUCAAUUAAUAAUAAUAAUCCUGUUUUUGAAAUGAAUAAUGCAGAUUUACCAGAUUAUGAAACAAUAAGUAAAGAUUCAUUAGGAAAACAUACAAUACCACCACCUUAUAAUUUUGUUACUGCACAUCCAAAUGAUUUUGGUAUUGAAACAUCAUUUAAUCCAAGUGCACCACCAGAAUAUGAUCCAAGAUCUAAUACAAUAGAACCUAAUGCACCUGUUUGA